UCAUUGCGUCAUCGUUUUCCUCCGUCUUGUAAACACGUGCAGGGAGCUGAGUGUGAUCCUGUCUUUUCACGGAGGACAUUUAAACAGCUACAUUAGUUUUCUAACAACUUUAAAAUGGCAAAGAGCCUCCGGAGCAAAUGGAGGAGGAAGAUGCGUGCAGAGAAGAGGAAGAAAAAUGCUCCCAAAGAGCUGGCCCGUCUUAAACAAGCUCUGAGUCUGGAUAAGAAAGGAGAAGCGGCCAUGACUGACAUGCAGGAGAUCGCCACGGUGGUGCCCGCUGACAAGAUCAAGAAGCAGACAGAUGUGGAGAUGGGUGAGGUAGAGGGGGAUGAGGGGAAGAUGGACAUGGACAGCAAGCGCAACAAGAAAACUCUGCUGGAUGAGAACGGUCAGUACCCUGCGUGGAUGAGUCAGCGGCAAGCCAAGAAACUAAAAGGCAAACGGAUGGCAAAGAAAGGUGGCCAGGGCAAGAAGAAGAAGGGCAUCGCCUGGUGAACAACCGAAAGACUUUCGCUUUGCCUUAUGACAGACUUUUGACGCGGAAACACAGGAUGAUUUCAUGUGUUCGUUUGUACAUGAUAACUGUGGGAUUUGUGCUGUUGAAUCUUGUUCUGUUCAGUGGAUUAGAAGAGUUUAUGAAGUAAUUCACUGCAGGAAAGUUUUUGUUCUUAUGGAACAGCAGCUUCAUCUUCAUGUUGGGACAAGUUUUAAAAAAGCAAAAUAUGUCUGUGAUUCUCAUGUCUUCUCUGCUACAAUUUAAAUCUUUUCAUACUCUGAUAAAAAAAAUAAGAAUUUACAGAUCCGUGGCUUGUUUUGUUCACUUAAGUUGCAUACAGACUGGGCAAUAUGAUUCAAAUCAAUAAUACUGAUGUACCUGCAAAGCUUCAGGGGUUCAUCCGCCGAUCACAGACAGCAAUAACACCAGUUUGAGUCACACUUGGAACAUUUGAUGCAUGUCAUUCCUCAUUUUCCCCCCUCACUUUUUGCUAUCUCUUUUGUUAGAUUCGCCGAAUAAAUUGGAAUAUUUUUUCAGAUAUCUCUGCACAUAACCAAAGGAUGUAUGCAGAAACAAAUAAAAGAACUGGGUUUUACAUAAAAACACUUAAGUUGUAAAACAUCUUCAUUAAUUGAUUAUUUUUACCCAUUUUAACCUCACUUUGAAUCAUUAAUUUGGGGAGCAGAAUUAUGUUAAGAAUAACACAAUAGAUCAUAAUACAAUAAUAUACAUUUCCAGAGAAAAUAUGAUAAACAACAGCCCUGACAUUACUGUGAAGUGUCACUUUUGAAAAAUGGACCAAUAAAAGUUGUCUUAAAAACACAAAAAAAGCCUGCCUGUAGAAUAUUUUAUUAACUCCACUCAGUUCAUUGCAGAUAAAAGACCUACCUGCUCUCCACUGAUGUGGUCAUACUGUCAGAUACUCACUGCCACAGACAUUAACUAAGAUGAAACUAUGGAAGUUAGCUGAUCAGGAGCCAUUUAGGCACACAUUUCCUCUGAUUUAUUCUAUAAAUACAGUGCUAAAAUUAAUUCCCUCGAUGGAUUUCAAAGGCUUAAGGCAAGAUUUAAGUCUUUUUAAAUGUCAUUUACUAAGGUUUCGGGACAAUUUUGCCCCAAUUUUUAUCAUUACAUAAUUACAGUAUACAUAGCGGAGACAAAGGAGGACAGAACUUGGAAACACCUGACGUUUGUUGGCGAGUUUUCUGGGUGAUAUUGUGUUUCUCACUCUGCCUCCCA